AUGACCGCUGCGGAAGACGGCAGCCGACCUGCCAAAAAGCGAAAGACUCAAAAGGGUCUAAAUACAAUUACCUUUGGCGGCAAGACGAUCUCCUUAGACGGAUACUUGUGUCCAUCACAAUCAACAUCUGCGAAGCCUAUUACCAAGCCCGACGUCACAAAUGAUAAAAUCAACGCGACGAAGCAGCGUAAUGCAAAAAUUGAAGAAAUUCAGGAAAAAUUGAAUGCGAAUGUUGAACCACGAGACCGAAAAUCAAAUCAUCGAGAACGCAGCGAUGAGAGCGGAGGACUACUUCAAGUCAGGAAAGCUCUUCCUAUCUGGCGGCAUAGGGCAGAUAUUCAGGAACCUCUACGCGGAGCAAAAAGCAAUGUCCUUGUUUUGGUCAGCGAGACUGGUUCUGGUAAAAGUACCCAAGUGCCUCAGUUUCUGGCCGAAGAGCCCUGGUGCAGGCGCCAAAAAGUUAAAGUGGCAGGCUCUUCCUGCGAAGUUUAUGUCGGUGGCAUGGUCGCCAUCACACAGCCAAGACGAGUCGCUGCUACAACUCUGGCAUAUCGCGUGGCUCAAGAAGCAGGAACGCCACUGGGAAAGGGAAGAAAAGAUGGCAAAGUCGGUUACUCUGUCCGAUUCGAUCACCAAGUACCCAAAGACGCCAAGAUCAAAUUUCUCACUGAGGGAAUACUCCUUCAAGAACUUCUGCGUGAUCCAUAUCUGAGACAAUACAGUGCUGUUAUUGUUGAUGAAAUUCACGAACGCAGUUUAGAUGCUGAUCUUUUGGUAGGCUUCCUGAAGCAAAUAUUGAUUGCAGGCCCAAAGCACCGUGGCGGGGUCCCCCUCAAAGUAGUCAUCAUGAGUGCUACCGCCAAUGUUGAAGCUAUCAAAGAAUUUUUUGACGAUGAGGAAAUCUUGCAGCACAACCACAGAGAUGCUGCUGUCUUACGCAUCGAGGGCCGGCAAUUCCCUGUAACGGUUCAGCAUGAAUCCCGACCCGUUGCCGAUUUGCAAGACGCACUUUUGAAACGAAUAUUCAAAAUACAUACCGAGGAGCCGCUUCCUGGAGAUAUUCUGGCAUUUUUCACGGGACAAGAGGAGAUCAGAGUAGCCCAGAAGGUGAUCGAGGAAUACUCCACCAGCUUGGCAUCGAACGUACCAAAACUCAAAGCUGUACCGCUUUACGGUCAGUUGUCGAUUGAAGCACAGAGUGAGGCUUUCGUUCCUUUGAAAAGGAGUUUUACACGAAAAGUCGUGCUCGCAACGAAUAUCGCAGAAACUUCGGUCACGGUCCCAGGUGUUCGGUAUGUGGUAGACGGUGGCAAAGCCAAGAUCAAGCAGUUUCGUCCAAGACUAGGUAUGGAGUCGCUGCUCGCUAAGCCCAUUUCCAAAUCGUCGGCAAUACAAAGAACUGGUCGUGCAGGUCGUGAAGGGCCCGGAAAAUGCUACCGCCUCUACACAGAACCGAGCUUCAAUUCAUUGCUAUUGGCUGAUCUCCCAGAAAUUUUACGCAAUGAUGCUCUCGGUGCAAUUCUCAUGAUGAAGGCUCGCGGGAUUCGGGAUGUGCUAUCUUUUCCCCUCAUGGAUGCCCCCGAAACCGAAGCAAUCGAGCGUGCGCUAGUGCAUCUUCACUUUCUCGGAGCCUUAAACGACGAUGGGAGUAUUACUAGUACUGGAGAGACCAUGGCAAAGUUUCCCCUCGCCGCAUCUCUGAGCGCGGUUCUUCUUGGUGCUGCCAAACCAGAAUACGACUGCGUACUGGAAGUGAUCGAUGUUAUUUCUUGCAUCACCGCCGGUGAGGAUAUUUUCCUGGCUGUGCAUUUGGAAGAAGGCCAGGAAGCGAUCGAAGAAUCUCUAAAGGAACUUCAACGGCGCGAAGGAGAUAUCAUUACAUAUCUCACCGCUAUGCAGCAAUACACAGCCGAAAAUGCCGACCGAAAUGAGUGGUGCCAGAAGCGAAAGCUCAAUAUACGCACGAUGAAGCAGGCUCUGAACAUUCGAAGACAGCUCCGUGGCAUGUGCUUGAAGGAGAAGCUGCUUAGGGAGACGCCUCCGGGCGACCCGCAGCCGUUCGCUCCAGUAUCCCCUCAGCGUGCUGAAGCGUUGCUCAAGUGCUUUCUCCGUGGGUUCGCAAUGAAGACGGCUAUGCUAGCGCCGGAUUCCAGCUAUGUGACUUGCCAGGGUAAGCAUGUCGUGGCAAUCCACCCGGCAAGCGUACUGCACGGGCGAAAGGUGGAAGCCAUUAUGUUCCUUGAGCAUGUAUACACCAAUAAAAACUACGCGAAGAAAGUCAGCGCAAUUCAGGCCACAUGGGUUGUUGAGGCACUGGAAUGCAGAUAA